GUCAGUCAAAAUGUGGGCCUCUCACUGGAUCUAUCUCGGUGUCCUGUUGCUGUCCCAACUAUAUCGUUCGCAAUGUUUGAACAACCAGUGUGGCAUUCCAAUGGGCAGUGGAACAAUUGCCACCAAAUGUACGGGCUGCAAAUCGUUGAUAAUUUGCGUCAGGGAUUUGACUACAUUUGAGUCAGGCUGUGACCAAAAUGAAUAUUGUAUGGAUAUUCCGGGAUACCCCGGAAAUGCGGUCUGUAGUACAAUGUUGCCGUCUGGAUGCACAGCAGAUUCGACGACAACAACUUCUACCACAACUGCUGCAACUACAACUGAAGUAACAACAACUGAAUCGAAUCCCGUCACACGGCCAUCAAACGAUCAAGCUGCCAUUCAAUGCACCGGGUCCGGUAUCUAUCCGGAUCCGACAAACUGUUUCAUUUAUCACUACUGCUCAGCUUCCAACGAGGAUUCAACGGUUCAAGUGUGUCCACCGGGUUAUUCUUUCUACCACGGGGCUGCCUCGAUAGGUGUAUUUCCCUGCAAGCUGGAUACCGUUUGUGACGUUGUUGAUUGUUCCGGAACUGCAACCGUCGUACCGUACGGAACGAGUGAAACAUUCUUCGCUAUUUGUCAUGGAUCGGAUGGAGGAUCGGCAGCAAUGAUGAAAUGUAGCGAUGGAGCUGCUUUUGAUGGGGUAGAAUGUGUGUUUAGUUGCACCGGGGAAGGAAUGUUUGCUAAUACAGUUGAUUCGAGCGUGUACUACAAGUGUUACUUCUCUGGUACAGAGCUGGUGAGUACGUUGGAGUAUUGUCCAGCGAAUAAAGUUUUUAACGAUGUUAUAAAGGUGUGUGUAUCAAAAUGAUUCUUUGGUACAAAAUCAAAUUAAUAAGAAUGGUCAAUAGUGUUCA